AUGUUAUCAAUCUCAACUCGACGUCUUUUACCCAUCCAUUCUUCGAUCACAAAGACUACUUUACCUUUUUCAAUCAUAAGAACCUAUUCUGAUCAUCCAGGAGCAACUGCUAACAGUAAAGACUUUGCCCAAAAAGAACGUAGUGAAGAAACUCGUUAUAUGCGUCAAAAGGAAGCUGAAGAUUUAAAAAAACUUAAAUCUGAAUUAGAUCAACAUAAAAAGAAAUUAUCAGAAUUAGAAGAGAACAUGUUAAGUCUUUUCUUUUUGGGGGGUCGAUUUACCAAGAUCUAUUCUUCAAAUUAA